AUGACUACGGCGACCGAAACCUCGUCCAGCUCUGCCUUGGAAAAGGCACUUGAGCCCAACUCCAACACACUUGAUAAUUCCUCGAGUUCUCCUAAAGAUGAGCAGGCACCAGAAGACGAAGCCCCUGAGGGUGGUACCAAGGCUUGGCUGAGUCUGAUUGGUGCUUCUUGCGCCAUGUUUGUGUCGUUUGGCUGGGUCAACUGCAUCGCACUGUUCCAGGCUGAGUACGAGCGAGACCAGCUCAAGAACUACAACAAGUCGACUGUGUCUUGGAUUACAUCUAUGGAAUUCUUCUUUAUGCUCUUCAUGUCCCCCUUGGCUGGCUGGCUCUUCGACAACUAUGGCCCUCGUCUUCCUGUCUUUAUCGGAACAAUUCUACAUGUUUUUGGACUCAUGAUGACUAGCCUGUCGAAAGAAUAUUACCAAUUUGCCCUCAGCCAGUCUGUCUGCUCAGGUAUUGGCGCCUCACUCGUCUUCACUCCAUCCAUGACUGCUCCCAUGACGUAUUUCAAGAAGAAGCGUGCCAUCGCCGGUGGACUGACCAUUGCUGGCUCGUCACUUGGAGGCGUCAUCUUUCCCAUCAUGGUCACUCAUCUCAUCCCUUCCAUUGGUUUCGCCUGGGCCAUUCGCACAAGCGCUUUCCUGAUUUUGUUCCUUUUGGUAAUUACCAAUCUGACAAUUUCAUCUAACCUGAACCACGUUCGCAAACCAUUUGACCUUGCUAAGCAUCUUCGCCCGAUGCGUGAAACCAACUAUAUCAUCAUGUGCUUUGCCAGUUUCUUCCUUUACUGGGCCAUGUUUGUGCCAUUUGACUACAUUGUUUCGGCCGGUAUCCGGUAUGGAAUGACGCCCAAGGAUGCAUUCAAUCUCAUCCCUAUUUUGAACGGAGCUAGUUUUAUCGGACGCACUGUACCAAAUGUGGCUGCUGACAAGUACGGCCGCUUCAACGUCACGAUUCUCAUGAUCCUGUUCAGUGCCGUCGUUGUACUUGGAAUCUGGCUGCCUGGCCACAGCGCAGGGGCCUCUUACGCCUUUGCUGUACUGUUUGGUAUUGGCUCUGGAGCUUGUAUUGGUCUUGGUCCUGUGCUCAUCAUGUCAAUUUCGCCAAUUAAGGAGGUUGGUUAUCGCAUGGGCACGAUCUUUGCCAUCGCCGGAAUAGGCUGCCUGACUAGUCCUCCUAUCGGUGGUGCUAUUGUGGACAAGACUUCAGACAAAGUUUAUGACUAUGCUGCUCUAUUUAGUGGCCUGAAUUACUUGGUUGCGUUUGCUUUCAUGGUCUGGCUUAGAGGCCGCAUGGUCGGGUGGAAAUUGAACACCAAGGGCUAA